AUCUCUGUGCUCGUAAAGGGUUUAUAAUGCGUCAUUAAUGCGCUGUUAGGUUGGUGUUAAUGAAGGGGAAAGAGACCGGAAGUUCUGCUCCUCAUCACUUCCGGGAGCUGUAAACUAUACACAGUGCUGAACACAAUGUAAAGACCAGGGAACAUAAACACGUGUUUCUCCUCAGUGCUGCUGGAUCAUCACCAGGUUGUAGGAACUGCUUCAAAGUGUCAAAGGAAGAAAAAAUGAGCAAGAGACAAAAACUGGCCACGAGCUGUUUAUCAGCUGAUCAACAGUUUAAAAGCACAGCACAAAAAACACACACAACAAAACCUGAAGUGUGAAAAACACACAGCAGUGAGAAGCCCCACUGAUCAUCUGGAGAACUUCACAUGGUUCUCGUUUCAGUUUAUUCUCAGGAUGUUGGUGGGACCGAAGCUCAUUGUGGUGAAGAAGGCUUCAUGAAGGACAUCACAGUCAUCACACAGACAUCAAGGAAUCCGUGGUCUGGAACUGACGUCUGUUUGUAUAAACGUCCCCCGUCGUCCAUCCCCAAACGUUCUCGCGGGGUUUAGAUCAGAGGGACAUGCAGGAUGGUCCAGAAGUGCAACGUUAUUGUUCUGGAAGAAGUUCUUCAUCAGGAUGGUGUUGUGAACUGCAGCGUUGUCCUGUUGAAAGACCCAGUCGUUACCACACAGACGACAGCCCUCAGUCCAGAGCGAUGCCUGCUGCAUCAUGUCCACGUAACCAGCCAACGUUUCACAUCCUGCACAACCUGAAGCUCCCCAGACCAUGAUGGAGCCUCCUCCACUGUGCCGGGUUUGUUUUCUUGGCAUCCGUUCCUGAUGACUUUGGCGUUCUCGUUUUUCAUGACCGAGGCCGUUCUGCUCUUCUCUCCGCAUUCCUCUCCUGCGCGCAAAUUAAAGCACCAGGUCAAAUCGCGCCUGCACUGGAUCCUGCAGUGUUCCUGCACGUCCUGCGCGCUGGUCGGACUCGGGACCAUUUUCUACAACAAGCACGUGACGGGGAAGCCGCAUUUCUCCACGUGGCACGGGCUGCUGGGCCUCAUCACUGUGUGCGUGGUGCUGCUGCAGUCGGUGGCGGCGCUGCCUCUUAUCUACCACAAACUGGCCAAAGGCUGGUCUCUGGCCAAGCUGAAGCGCUACCACGCCGCCGCAGGACUCGUCACCUACCUCCUGGGCAGUGUGAGUCUGCUGCUGGGCGUCUGCUCUGCCUGGUUCACCUCCAGCGUCGGGGGGAACGCAUGGUACAUCACCGCCCUGUGCCCCGUCCUCUCCGCCCUCACCAUCAUGAGCCAAGUGACUAAUGCCUACAUGGCCAAAAAACGCCUGCAGUCCUGAAGCAGGAGCGGACACGUCCUAGGAAGACUUGCAUGUUGCCAUAGUGAUCAUUUACAGCGUCACACCUUUCUGUACGUUUACUGAUGGAAUAAAGUUCCCUCACCAAGAACAUCUCAGGUGACGCAGAACAUCUGUGAACGAGACACUAGAGGAUGAGAACUGGAACUCCACCAGAGGACAAAGAGUAACAAGCAGGGGUUUGGGUCCGGAGCUGAAACGCUUUCUACGUUUAUACUUACUGAAGAACGACCCAUCAUCCAUCAGUGAUUAUUUUUUCCAUCCUGCAUUUGAUGCGAGUGUAAACGUGCUGAGACAGAAAACUAAAUAAAGAAGGAAGUUUCAAAUACAACAAGAAAUGCUGAAUUUAUUUUUUUGUUAAAACAACAUUAAAUAAAUACAAUGUCAUUUUAA